UUGGCUUUUUUUGUUUGUUGUCGUCCCUCCACUAACACCGUCCAUGUUGCCGUCACUGCUGACCGUUAAGUCCCAAACGGUCAGCAGUUAAACCCAUCUCUUUUUUUUUUUUCCACAUAUGCUGCCUCACUCAGCCAACACAGCAGCCAUGCUGGUCAGGAUCACCAGCUCUGAAAAUAUUUCUCGUUCUGGGGCUAGGGAUGGUCGUGCAAGAGAAGCUGGUGAAAUUAAUAAGAGUUUACUUACUUUAGGGAGAGUUAUUAAUGCUCUUGUGGAACAUCUUGGCCAUGUACCUUACAGGGAUAGUAAGCUCACUCGGUUACUUCGUGAUUCGCUCGGAGGAAGAACCAAAACGUGCAUUAUAGCCACAAUUUCACCAGCUGUUCAUUGUCUGGAGGAGACCUUAAGUACACUGGAUUAUGCUCACAGGGCCAAACAAAUCAAAAAUAAGCCUGAGGUCAGAUGUUUAUCAUGCACUGAUAGAUCUGCAGUUUCUGGUUAAAUGAAGAAAUUAGUUUUUAUUUU